CCUCAACUUUUGUAACUUAUAUUCUAGCUCCUACUAUACAAUUUAUUACUACUAAUGGAUGGCUAACAUAAGUGAACUAUGUUCAAUGGCCACCAGACAAUUAGCUUAUGAUCAAUCAUCCAAUACUUACGGAAAGUCAUAUGAUGUGUUUUUGAGUUUCAAAAGAGAAGACACUGGUAAAAAUUUCACAAAUCACCUGUCUACAGCUUUAAAUCAAGCCGGAUUUCGCACGUUCGAAGGUGGUGAUGAUAAUAAAUCAAGAAGAGAAGAAGACAUUAAUUCAGAGUUGUCUAAAGCAAUACAAGAUUCAAAGAUGUGUAUAAUUGUAUUCUCACAAAAUUAUGCAUCUUCUAGUUGGUGCUUGGAUCAACUUGUUUCCAUUCUUGAAAAAAAAAUGAAGUUUGCAUGUAUGAUAUUGCCUAUUUUCUACCAUGUUGAUCCUUCCAAUCUAAGGAAGCACAAGGGAAGUUUUGGAGAAGCAUUAAAUAGACAUGAAGAAAAAUUCAAGUGUGAAAGAGUACAUGAAAAUACUGAAAAAGAGUAUUGGGAGGACAAGUUAAAGAAAUGGAAAGAUGCACUAAGCCAAGCUGCUGAUUUGGCAGGAAUGGUCCUUGAAAAUCACUUUAAAUCAAGCAGGAUUUCGCACGUUCGAAGGUGGUGAUAAUGAAUCAAGAAGAGAAGAAGACAUUAAUUCAGAGUUGUCUAAAGCAAUACAAGAAUCAAAGAUGUGUAUAAUUGUAUUCUCACAAAAUUAUGCAUCUUCUAGUUGGUGCUUGGAUCAACUUGUUUCCAUUCUUGAAAAAAAAAUGAAGUUUGCAUGUAUGAUAUUGCCUAUUUUCUACCAUGUUGAUCC